UACCUCAAUAGAAAACAGCAGCAGGAGGGAUUCAACCUCAACCUCAUCAUCAUCCUCGUCGUCAUUUUUAAGGUGACCGCAGCAUCCCGACCUGCAGAUCUUGACAGUGUUUACAGUUCUGCGUUUCACUUUUCAGCAAUAGGGUCUGAUCAGAUGGCCAUGACUCCGCAUUCUCCUCCACUAACCGCAUGCACCCUGGUGGUGUUUUUGUCAUGUAUGAUUGGACUGACUGCUGCAACAACGGGCUACCAGAAACCAGGCUUUCUGGAUUUUGACUCCUGGUGGUAUCACACGCCCCGCGGCCCUCAGAUAUUCGCCUGCCUCACCUACUUGGAGAAGAAUGUGCGUGUGGAUUGUGAGUUCCCGAAAAGUGACACGAUCCCUGGGCCAUUCUGUGAGUUCAAACAGGAUGGACGCCUGAUGGGUACCACGAAUCCCAACAACCCAGUUCACCUCAUCCCGCCUGUAGAGACCAGACGUCGUUCCAAUGUCACACUGGUGCCCUCCAAUAUCUGCCGCCUUACCUGGAUGCCUCUGUCAGAUGACCGGGCAUACACUUACACCUGCAGGGUGUACCAGGGACACAUCUGGAAAGAGAAUAGCAUGUCCUUUCACCAAAGAAAUCUGCUAGUUUGUUCCGCUGUGAACAUAGUAACUCAUGGAGCAGUUUGGUUUCUUUUCAUUGUCACCUCACUUCCUGUCACUCUGGGCUUUUUGUCUGCAUGAUCAGCAGUUGUUCUUGAACAUACAAAUCCUCAAGCAUCAUGGUGUCAUAUGGUUCUAAUGAUAAUCAUAUUCAAAUCAGAUGAUGACACAAUGGUUCAGCAUUCUUCGUUAUUUACUCCUUGUGUUUCACCACGUUUUUAUUUAGUGCUUCACAUCAUAGGCACCUACUCUUAUUUUUUCUACUUAUUUUAGAUCCACAAUGACAUGAUCUUACACAGCAAAUUCCUCAGUGUUGAAUUCACACUUUCAGAGUUAAUCUGUGUCCAAUUGGACAUAUAUAAACACAGUAGGGUGUUAAAUCAACACUCUGGGUGUUAAUUCAACACUGGGGAUUUUGCUGUGUAUUUUGAAGUAUGUAUACUGAGACAUUUAAGAACACAAAUACAAGCGUUCACAAACUGCCUAACUGAGGCUAACUUGCACAUUAUAUGUAUUAGCCUAUAUUGUACUCACCUUGGGCUUCAUUUAUCAAUAAAUUAUUAGAGAUCCCUAAGUGCAGUGCGAAAUGUUCCAGUGAAGGAACUCAUAAAUCUAACUCUAGAAACACACUAACUCUUCCUCCUGUUAUAUGGUGCCAUUUUUCCUAUCUUAAUUAGGGCCCGAGCCCUAUGGGCGAAGGCCCUAUUGUUCUUGUAAGAGUUCACUAUUAUUAUUCUUCCGUCUUCUUCUUCUUCUUCUUCUUCUUUAUUUUUCUCCGCUGUUGGGCCAUUUUCGGGGCGCUUGCCAUGGGCGAAAACGCACGAAAUUUGGCGCCAGUUCCGCGAAUUGCCACCGCUACUCAGAACCAAAAGCCCAACCUUGGCCGGGGCUCAGGGCCUCUAUAGCGCCCCCUAAGUCGUUGUGAUUUUGGCCUCCUGCAUUAAGGUGCCUGGUUGCCAUGUGGUUUGUAGUAGUGGCAUGCCAUUUGGUACGCAUAUGUAUCUCACUAAGCCGGACAAAAAUGUAAUGCCAAUGCAUUAGCCACGCCCAACAGGAAGUGAGGUAAUUUCACUUUUGUGCGAAAUGCAUGGCCACGAAGAUGGCGCAACUCCUCCUAGACCGUUCAUAGGAAUGUCACCAAAAUUGAUACACAUCAUCUACAGACAUGGCUGACAAAAGUUACUAAAUACGUUUCACGUAGGAUAAACCGUUCAGAAGUUAUACCUCAAUCAAUUUUCACUUCAAAAUUUUACAUGCUAAAAAAUUCAUAACAAAUCUUCUAAUUGCUCAAAACUGCUCAUACUUCACACGCUAAUCACUCAUUGGGCUUCUGACAUGUUACCCAAUUUCUGUGAUAUUUCGC